CGCUGGUUGGAUAUAUGUAACUAGUGAGGAAGUCGUAACCAGAGCAGAAUUGGAAGUGGGAAUACAAGGGAUUUGGGCUCCGUACUUUGUCACUUUUCCUUCUUUUUUUUUUUCUUUCAGAAGACCCCAGCCAGCCAGCCGGGAGUGCGGAAGGAGAAAGUACACACACAACGAACAACAGAGAAGACCGGGAAAUAUAAAGGGUGAUUAACAGGGAAAGGGGGCCGAAAAAGUAGUCUUUUGCCCUGUUUUUAUCUUUGCUUCUCUCUCCCUCCUCUGCAAUAAAAAGGCCAUUGAAGAAGGGCAGGAAUCAGUGAGAGAGAUAGACACAGAGCCGAGAGAGAAAUACAGAGAGAGUUAUUGGACUUCCUUUUCCCUUCCCCUUCCUUUCUCUUGUUCCCUGCUUUUGAGGUCCUCUCUCUCUCUCUCUUCCUCUCUGUACUCUGUAGCCGUCUCUGCUGUCUUGCAGAUUCAUUUCUCGUCCCCCCACCCACGCAUUUAAGUCUCCCCUUCCCUCCCUCCUGCUAAGCAAAUAGCAAUCCAAUCCACCCCCAACCUCCCCACACUUUACUAUUAUUACAGUAACAACAGCUCCCUUUGGUUUGGCUUUCCCCGGCGAGUCUCGGUCUUCCAUUCUUUCGCCUAGAAAAGGAUCCGCCUGGACUUGGAAGAAGAAGAAGAAGAAAAAAAAAAACGACAGACCCGUGAAAAUGGUGCCGCCGCAUCAGAUCCAAGCGGAGUUAGCGAUGGUCCCAAAUUCAAACGAGACGGAACACGGCGGCGGCGGAGGAGGACUGGAAGAGAAGCAAGAAGAGCAGUCAAUGGCGGGAUUCAAGAACUUCCUGUGGCACGGCGGUUCAGUGUGGGACGCGUGGUUCAGCUGCGCUUCCAAUCAGGUGGCGCAAGUCCUGCUCACGCUGCCCUACUCCUUCUCCCAGAUGGGGAUGGUCUCCGGAGUUGUGCUCCAGAUCUUCUACGGUCUCGUCGGAAGCUGGACGGCUUACCUCAUCAGCGCGCUCUACAUUGAGUACAGAAGCAGGAAGGAGAAGGAGAAUGUGAACUUCAAAAACCAUGUCAUCCAGUGGUUCGAAGUGUUGGAUGGGUUACUGGGUCCAUACUGGAAAGCUGUGGGGCUUGCCUUCAACUGUACUUUCCUUCUCUUCGGCUCUGUGAUUCAGCUAAUUGCAUGCGCCAGCAAUAUUUACUACAUAAACGACCGGCUGGACAAGAGGACGUGGACGUAUAUCUUCGGCGCGUGCUGUGCAACCACCGUGUUCAUCCCGUCGUUCCAUAACUACAGGAUAUGGUCGUUCCUGGGACUCGGGAUGACUACCUACACCGCCUGGUACAUGACCAUCGCCGCCGUGGUUCACGGCCAGGUCGACGGCGUCACCCACUCCGGCCCCACCAAGCUCGUCCUCUACUUUACCGGCGCCACCAACAUCCUCUACACUUUCGGCGGUCACGCCGUCACCGUGGAAAUAAUGCACGCCAUGUGGAAGCCACAGAAGUUCAAGUACAUCUACUUGAUAGCCACGCUGUACGUAUUCACACUGACGAUCCCGUCGGCGACCGCCGUGUACUGGGCGUUCGGCGACCAGCUGCUCAACCACUCCAACGCCUUCUCGCUCUUGCCCAAGAACGCAUGGCGUGACGCCGCCGUCAUCUUGAUGCUCAUCCAUCAGUUCAUAACGUUCGGGUUCGCUUGCACGCCGCUGUACUUCGUGUGGGAGAAGGUGAUCGGGAUGCACGACACGAAGAGCAUCUGCCUGAGGGCGGUGGCGAGGUUGCCGGUGGUGAUCCCGAUCUGGUUCCUGGCCAUUAUCUUCCCCUUCUUCGGGCCCAUCAACUCCGCCGUGGGGGCCCUGCUCGUCAGCUUCACCGUCUACAUCAUCCCCUCCAUGGCCCAUAUGCUCACUUACAGGAAGGCCUCCGCCAGACAGGUAAAGGCUAGCUAGCAUUUCUCUCACUCAGCAGUAAGUAUAUAUGUGCGGGUUUAGUUAGGGUAAUUAAGGUUUGUUUGUGAGUGAGUGGGACAGUUGCCCGCCCCGCCACCACAUUCCACAGUUGACAGUGUCUGUCCCACUCCACCCCUAAUUAAUGGGGGGGAUUGAUAUGGACGCAAGUAUGGUAGGCGGCAUGUCCUUUUCAUUCUAGUUAAGUAACAUAACAAUAACAUUGCUGCCUGCUAACAUAGUUGCAUUCUCCUAGUUACAUUACAUACAGAUAGAUAGAGAUACAGUACAUCCGAUCCUUCUUCUGGGUUUGGGGGUUGGGUUGGAAAUAUAUAUGCUGCUUAGGUUACCACUCCUGUCUCAGUCCGUUUCGUUUCGUUUUGUCUUUUUGGUAAACAAUAAUAAUAGAGGUCGAGGACGGAGACGAGUGAGAGUGAAUGUUGGUUGCGGGCUCACCAAUUAUUAGUGGAAGCAGCCGCCGCCGCCCUAGCUAGCUAGGAAGUAGGAAGAGGUCAGUCAGUCAGUGAGUCCGUCGUCCUAUUUUCAUAGACUUAUACUUUUUUGUUUUUUUUGUUGAUUGUUUAAUUUGCAGAACGCCGCGGAGAAGCCCCCCUUC